GUUGUUGUUCUUUCCCUCUUUUGAGGUUUUACAUUUCAAUUCUGCAGAGUAGAUCCUGCGGUCUUGAACCUCAUUACUCAGUUAUAGUGUAGAUCACUACAAUUGGUAUCAGAGCACUCGAUUCCUGUGUGACCAAGUGACAAUGAUGAACAACAGAGAUGAGAUUAUAGCUGAAGUAACGAGUUCAAUUGCUGCUAGAUUGAAGGUUGAGUUAGAAGAUCCAUUGAAGGAAUUAUUGGUUGGUUUGAAAGCUUCGAGGGAAUUUCUAGAUGCUCAGUUGAAGGACUGGAUUGAUGACAUCAGCAAACUUAAAUCAACUGAAGAUUUACUCGAACCCUUAUCUGGACUUAUACUCAAAGUCGACACCGGUUUGGAAUUCAUUCCUAUUGAGUCAAAAUCAGUGAGUAAAUUCAUUCGUUAUUCUUCAAUUCCUAUGGAUUCAAACCUAGCAGGUGAAGGAAAUUGUAUAUCUACAACCAAACCUCAAUUCUCGCACAAGGAUGAAGCCAGUUUUGAAGUUGAAGUUCAGAGACACAAUAAAAAUUCAACGUUUCUAGAUUAUCAAGAAGGUAAACUUUUCAUUCCUGGUACUAAUUUUUUGGUGGAUUAUCAGAGUAAAAGAGUUUCAACUCAUGAGGUAAAUGAAUUCGAUGCAUUAAAUUUGCAUGUUGAUGAUGACAUACAACAACUGGAACAUUUGAAGUUUAUCAGUGUUGAUAACCUUAAUCAAUUUACUUCUUACUUAUUCAAAUCGUUUAAGAAGGACACAACAAGGCAGUAUUCUCAGGACUGUUUUGACACUUCAUAUGACGAUGAUAAUUGAGUAUGUUACUGCACAAGAAAUGCUUGACCAAUGUCUGGCUAGAGAUAUCAGUUUUCUAACUCAGAUGAGACAAGUUCAGAAAGUUUUUGUUGCAACAACUUCAAAUUCAAGUCAGAAUCUACUGAACUGCACACGCAUGAAUGUUGGUGGGUUUUUCGCAGGUGUGUAAGUGGUAGAGAAGGUUUCUGUGGUAGCCUGGUUUUUGCUAGAAGGACAAUUGAUCAAGGAGGGUUGCUGGAAAUGGUUGGAAUUCAUAAUGCUUGUGAGCUAUGUGAUGAAACUUGGCACCAAUUUAAUGUUCUCUGUAUGAUUUUGAGACUUCAUAUAACAAAAAAAAUGAAUCUAGCACUGUACAACAAAUACUCAAUAAAUUUUCUAGUCGUCGAAGCUGGUGUUUUAUUGGUGAUGUUGCUUUUGUGCUUUCUCGACAGUGGUUUCGUAGGCAAGUCUAUCAUCCAGCAGUUGUAUGGUUUUUACAAGUAAUUACAAAGUAGUAAACUAAAAGAUGGUGUUCCUUGGCUCCAUGCUUAUUUUCUCAUGGUGGUAGCCUUAAUUGUUAAGAAAUAUGGUAGAUUAUUUAAGAUCAAAACAGGAUACAUAGGAGUGGGAUUCUGCGAAAGAAUGGUGGAAAUCCAAAGGAUACUUGCAGGAGCUGAUGGUGGUGAGAGCAUAAUGAAAGAACUGUUGGAAGAAACAAGUAAUGAGGUGGUUGGUGUUUUUACACAUCUAGGAGAUGUUGUUCAACAGUAUUCAAUCAUGGUGAAUCAGAUAUACACUCAUUCAAGAGUGAUGGAAGCUUUAUAUGAGGGAAAAUAUAUAUGUUGCUGGUUUACACAGAACCCUCAAUUGUGCUCAACAUUCUAUAUUCUGUAGCUGUAAAGGAAGAAAUCUUUUUGUAUGAAUGGUGGAAAUCAGUAAUUGUAACAUGAUGAAAGCACCACUUGUUAAGAGAAACAAGAUGAAAGCUAUUACGAACAGUCAGGUGGGUGGUACUCUCACCAUGGUUCUUACUUGUUAUCAUUGUCAAGUGUGGGGUUUGCUAAUACGAGACGCGAACCCUGAGAAAGCGGUGGGUAAGCUGAUAUGGCAACUAAAUGAUGUUGUGUUUAGUAAGAAGAUCAUAUUAAGUGCGGGUUCUUGGCAAUCUGAUGUUAAUGGUGAGAAGAAGGAACAUGACCUCAAGGAAAAGAUCUAGUUAAAGGUAAUAUGGUACAAUUCAACAUUAUGUAGAUUUUGGGAAAGCUGUAUUACGUCAGUGUUUGCUUCAGGAUUGGUACCAAAUUCUUUCUUAGCCUUAUACUUGUGGGGGUACAAAAGCAACUACUUCGAUAAUUACAGCCUCGGGUUACAUAACCCAAAUUUUGCUGGAGAUUUCGAGGCCUUCCCAAAUCAUGAGUGGCGACAGUUAUAUUAGGUUAUAGGAAGAAGGAGUUGUAACAAGUACCUUGUAGUGGAAGCUAGGUAUUUUACUGGGACUACCGACAUGGUUUUAAGUAACUGCAGACCUACACACCUGAUUGCUCAACAAAACAAGGGGAAGAUGAGGCUCUCAACUCCAUGGCUAUGAUACACAGUUUGCAAGGGGUGAGGAUAAUUCUUGUUACUACAUUACAUGGCUUUCUUGCAUAUACUCCGUACAUCAAAGAGUGUAUACUUCUUAAAAGGUUUUGGAUGGAAAUAUUUACCAUAGUAGCUACUACUUUACAAGUCAGCACAAGUCAUCACUGUAAUACAACUAGACUAAUGGGGAAAAUUAAUAUAUCUAUCUCGCACAA